AGAGAGGGAGAGAGCGGGAGGGAGGGAGGGAGACGCACAAACCAGAUCCGCUCGGUAACUUUGUGAGUACAACUUUUUGGAGUCAACAGCGAUAAAGAGAGUGAGGGGGCGGAACCCUGCUGAGCCCCUGCGCUGAACGACAGCCAAUCGCUUCGUUCUCCUAACUGCCAGUCACCGAAAUCCGUCCAAUACCCGCAGUGCCAUUUCUAAACUGUAUUCCCCACUGUGUCCUCCAACUGUUGUAUGUUCUGCCAAUCGCUUGAGGACAGAGUGGGGAAAGGAGCAAGCAGAGUUAGAAGCCGGACAAAAGAACUUAUAGAACCCUUAUGUACAUGUUUUCCUCAUGUUUUAGAGCGCAAAAGCAGCUGCGGUGAGCGCGGAUGGACUUGUGUGUGUAAGUUAUGGAACCCCCUUUAAGCAAGAGGAACCCGGCGAUAAGAUUAGCGGAUUUGGCAGCAACUCAGCCCCUUCCUCAUCAGAAUAUGACAGGCUUCCCGGGGCUAGGGGGGCAUCACCCUCUCUCCCACCAUGCCCACCUCCACCCUGGGGAGCUGGGCAACGACCCCGGAGUGGCACUCACUCCAUUUGGACCCGAGCACAUGGCACAGACAAAUGCUCUCAAACUUAGCCCGUCUCAGCACAUUCAGAGCCAUCCCGAAGCCCAGACCGCGGCAUCUUUUACUCCCGCUCAGACCACAGUGGGUUUCCCCGUGGCUCACCCCCACUCAGGCUACUCAAGCAGCAGGGACUUCAUCCUCAGGAGAGAACUCUCAGCCUCUGCUAUGCAUGCACUUGGCGACCAGCAUAGUUCCGCCUCCUCCCCUCAUCACCAUGGCAUGUUCAUCUCGCCAACAGGUGCUUACGGGCACGCGGAAAGUGGGGCCCAUUCACUUUUCACUGGACUCCACGAGCAGGCGUCCCCGGGCGCCCACCACCACCAUGCCCUCAACGGGCAGAUGCGCCUGGGUCUACCGGGGGACAUCUACGGCAGGCCGGAGCACUUCGGGCACAGGCCGGAGCACUACGGCGCGUCCUCCCUGCACAGCUACAACUCCAUGAACCUCAACGUCAACAUCGCCGCCGCCGCAGCCGCUCCUCACGGAGCCGCGGGGGCGUUUCUGAGAUACAUGCGGCAGCCCAUCAAGCAGGAGCUCAUCUGCAAGUGGAUCGACCAGGAGCAGAGCCAGAAGAAGCCCUGCUCGAAGACCUACAGCACCAUGCACGAGCUGGUCAACCACGUCACGGUGGAGCACGUCGGCGGACCCGAGCAGAGCACGCACGUCUGCUUCUGGGAGGAAUGUCCGCGGGAGGGGAAGGCUUUCAAGGCGAAGUACAAACUGAUCAACCACAUCCGAGUUCACACCGGGGAGAAGCCGUUUCCUUGUCCGUUCCCAGGAUGCGGGAAGGUGUUCGCCAGGUCGGAGAACCUCAAGAUCCACAAGAGAACGCACACAGGAGAGAAACCCUUCAAGUGCGAGUUUGACGGCUGCGAUAGAAAGUUCGCCAACAGCAGCGACCGCAAGAAGCACUCUCACGUCCACACGAGUGACAAGCCCUACUACUGCAAGGUGCGGGGCUGCGACAAGUCCUACACGCACCCGAGCUCCCUGCGGAAGCACAUGAAGGUGCACUGCAAGUCCCCGCCGCCGCCCCCCUCCUCCACCAACGUCGCCUACAUCUCCUCCACGAACACCCUGGUGGCCGACCACAAUCUCUCGCCGGGCUCCGAGGCGCACCGGAACCGCUCGGCGAACCUCUCGCCGCAGGUCACCAACCUGAACGAGUGGUACGUGUGCCAGGGGAGCGGGGGUCCCAACCACCUGCACACGCCGUCCAGCGACGUGCCGACGUCGGAUUCGGAGGACGAGGACACUUUCAGGGGCUCAGACCCAAGGACGAUGCUCUGAUUGCCUGUUUACAAGCCGGACCAGACUAUAAUCAACUCGGCAUUGAGUUGACCCCUUUAUAAGUACUGGCCACCGACAAAUGCAGCUCAACGUUGAAACAGUACAGACUGUAGAUGCAAUGCAGGUUGCCAGAAAGAGAGAGAGGAUGACCCCCCCUGACUAUA